AUGGCAAAGUUUUUAGCAACGAUUAAAGCGAUAAUUACACGAUUAGUUUUUGCGUCUCACGGUUUUAUAGCAAUUUGGCAAGUAACUACUUUUAAAAAGAAUCCUUUGUUUUGGUACCUGAGCUGUCCAAUUUUGUUACUGUUCUUCGAAGGUAUAUUUACACUUACUAUAAAGGAAAAUCAAGAGUGGAAGUGGUUUUGUCCUUCCGUUUUCCUGUACUUAAGCAGUGUAGUUCCUGCAAUAUGGCUUCUGGAAUUAGACAAGGUUGAUAAAAGACUGAGGACGUUCGAAACGAAUGUGAACAUAUCCGAGAACUUUGAUUUAACUAAUUUAGCUGCUGAGGACUUAAAACAUCUGGAAAAGGCAUUAGGUGUAAACAUACAUCUACCGGACAUACAGAUAUCGACAGAGACUUGGGUAACUUUGAUCGAACAGUUUCUAAUGUUAAUUUUAAUUAUUGGAAGAUGGAUGUUACCAAAGGGAGAUUUAACUAGAGAUCAACUAAGUCAAUUAUUAUUGGUAUAUAUUGGAACAGCAGCAGAUAUCAUUGAAUUCUUUGACUCCUUUAAAGAGGAUCGUAUAGCUCGCGAACCUGUCUUAGUUUAUUUAACUUUGGGAAUUUGGGCAUGGUCGUUGAUGCAAUUUACUGUCGUUUUGACAGCCACCAAGUCUCGGAAAUCUAGAUUAUCUUCUGGAAGUGCUGUCAAAAAGCGGGUACACACCGAAACUAGUUGUUGCAGUAUAGACGUGUGGGGAAUUGCUUUGAACAUGGUUUUACAGGAUGGACCGUUUCUUGCAUUUAGAUUAAUUUUAAUAGUUCACUAUCGUAUAGUCAGUUAUAUGAAUAUCUUUUUCACGUGUAAGAAUACUUUAGUGAUACUCCUGCAACUUUACCGACUGUACGUAGUGCAGACGGAAAAUAGGAACAAGAGGAAAAAGAAAUCUGAAAUACCAAAUAUCAGUAUCAUAUCCAGAGAAGAUAUUUAUAAAGAUGUAAGAAAUAAAAAGAUUUCCGAAGAAAAAAGAAUAAAGAAAAGAAGAGAUAAAGAUGUAGAAGCUAAUUACACUGACAGUGAAGAAACCACGGAAAAAGCAGAUAAAUUUGAUUCUUCUCCUAGAAAUAUUACCCACUCGAAAAGGAAAACACGCCAAGACACUGGUUAUUCUACCUCUAGUUCUAGAAAUUCUGGAAGAUAUGGAAAAGCGAAAAGGAAUAAUAUUAAAAGAAAAAUAUCACGCGUUGAAGACCUUAAAAUUGAAAUUUCCAGCGAAGAUGAAAAACAUAGAAGAAAAAUUCACAGAAAAACGUCGGGAAAAGUAAACAGAAAGCCUUCAGAAAAUAUUAAAAUGAAAUCUAGGAAUGAAGAUUCUACUAAAAGUUCCAGCUGGAGAUGCGAAGAAGAUAGUGAGGAAGAGUCAACAAUGGAAGAAAUAGCUGAUAAGACAAUUAGCGAAGAAAGUGAAUUAGAAUCAGAAAGAAAAAGAUAUGUUCAUAAAAAGCAUCGACAAAACAGAGACUGA